UUGCCUGCAAUAAUGUGAGCAGCCUGGGCCAGCUGGUCUGCAGCCAAGAUGCCUCCGCCGGCGGGAGCCUAUCACCAGCUAUGCUUGUUAUCCACUUCAAAACCCACCGCUCCAGGAAACGACAGGCACCUCUCUCUGCUCUGCUGCCCAGUACCCUUUCACAUGGCUCUGCACUUGCCUUGCCCAGUUCGAAACUGCAGAGAGUAGCAUCCUUAUCUAACUCCGUGUUGGAUCUCAUCUCAGCGCCUCGAAUGUGGAGGACCACAGUUUCUUGGUCACACAGCGUCCCGUUCAUACAUCACGAUCGCGCCAGAUGUCCAGAGUAGGUACAGUACUCCGUAUGGAGUACACAACGGAAGGAUUGCGAUGAUUAUAAUAAACUUUCGGUGCCAAAUCUACCGAUAUUCAAGGGUGCUC